GUGGCAAAUGCAUCCAGCAGGUUCAGCGGAGUGUUUGUGACGAUCUUGUUUGCCACCUGUUCUUGGAAGAGCACAAUAUGUACACCAGUACGGCAAACCCGGGUUCCCUGAGCAUCUCUGACGGCGUUCGCACAUCCUUAGAGGAAAUGACAGAACAGUUUUGUUGUUUGGAAGGACUAGUCAAGGACCUGGACAAGCAUGGUGAUGAUACCUUACAAGUGGCAGUAGACAUUGCUACAGAGCUACUGCUUUGGAAUGGUAAUGCAAGUUGGAACGAUGUGAAAGAGCUGAGCAAUAAUGGACCACUUAGCCUGAUGGACAGACUGGAUGACAUAGCUCAAGCUCUGGGACCUCGCCUCACCCUGGGGAAACAAAUCCAGGCACACUCACCAGUAAUCAGCUGUUCUCUGGAAUCCAACUCACUUGGUACCUUCAUCUUGAAUAAUUGGACUUACCAGCCGUUCCACACUGAGGAGGACAUGAUAAGCAUCCAAGGAAUGGACCUUGCCAACUUGGGAUUUAAGGGUACUGAAAGGAUCUCAGUGCUUGGAGCAGCCUACACCAAUCUCACAGGUCUCAUUAACUACAAUCAGAAAGGAGCAGACAAAUUUAUUGUGGCUGAUGUCAUAACUGCCACGGUCUUUGGCCCCGAUGGGCAGAUAUCUGUGCCGACAACCUUCAGGAGAAGGCUCAGCAAUAUUCAAGCGAGUAAUUCUACACAUCCAAGGAUCCCUGUCUGUGCUUUUUGGGAUUCUUACUUGAGGGGUCGUGUUGCAGGAGGCUGGUCAACCAAAGGUUGCAAGACCAUCUGGGAGGAUGGCCAAUCAUCUAUGGAAGCCUCCAACGGGGAUUACAUCACUUGUCACUGCAACCACACCACCAACUAUGCCAUCUUGAUGCGCAUUGUUCCUUAUGAAAAACCCAUAGGGAUCAGUGGCAGAGCAUCAGUGGGUAUAUCUGACAGGAUACUGGAUAUCCUAACCAUGGUUGGUUGCAUUGUGUCCAUAUUGGCCCUACUCACAGCUUUGGCGUUUUUCAUUUUCUUCAAACACAGCACGUUGGACACGGAGCGUAUUCUCAUUCACUGUAAUCUGAUGGGAACACUUCUAGUGGCCAUGGUGGUCUUCAUGAUCAGUACUUACUUCUCCGGAGGAACGAUACCGUGCAAGAUAUUUGCGGGGCUGCUGCACUAUCUUUACCUGGCCGUGUUCUGUUGGAUGUUGGUGGAGAGUGUUCAUCUGUAUCGCCUCAUUGUGACAGUUUACGGUAGCGAGAGACAAAUGGCCAAACUGUACUGUGCCAUAGGAUGGGGGUUGCCAAUUCUGAUUGUAGGUGUAUCUGCAGGUAUCAAGUGGACUCAUUAUGGAUUGCCUGGCAAAGGGUGCUGGCUGAGUACUCAAAAUGGUUUCAUUUGGGCAUUUGUCGGCCCAGCUUGUGUGAUCAUGCUGGUGAAUGCUGUUGUGUUGGCCAUGGUGAUCAGGACCACGGUGGCGGCCUCCAAAGGGACCAGUCGGGAUACUCUGGCCAAAGUGAAGGCUGGAUUGCGUAGCUCCCUUGUACUGCUACCCAUGCUUGGAAUCACUUGGGGUGUCGGACUGAUCGGUCACGUCUCCCCUGUCUUUGAGUACACAUUUGUCAUCUUGAACAGCUUUCAGGGCUUCUGGUUGGUGAUCGUGUGCUGUCUAUUGAAUGGGGAGGUGCGCCAAGCUUUUCACUUGACCAUCAAGAAGAUGGGUAAAUUCUCGGGGACUGUGGAUGCAAUUUCCACAACAGGCAAUGAGGCCAGCAAACAGAGGGAGAAAGAGUCCAAGGGGAAUACAUGCCUGACAGAUGUGGACUAAUCUGGGACAUGCAGCCGGCUUGCUGAUUGUUAUACCUUCUUCGGUUUUUCUUCAGUUGGUAAUAACAUGUACCAUGUAGUGUUCACUGCAACAGACUUGCUAGACUUAUUAAAGUAACAAGCUUCAUGUUGGCUAGAGAUGAUUUCAACUGGCCUGAACACAAUACAGAGAGAAAUUGUAGCUGCGAAGGUCAAGCACAAGUCUGAAAAACUCUGAACUCUUUUAAAUGAAAACGAGUGAAAAAUGCACUCUCAAAAAGAUUAAGUUCCUUAUUUAAAUAACUUUAAAACAGUGAAAACCACUCUUAAAGAGUGGCAUUUGUGCUCUGCCAAGGAACUAUAUAGACCUGGCUUGAAAAAUAAUUUUCCUCAACAUGGCUCCCAUUUUUAGAGUGUUUUUUUCUUUCAAAGUGGUUUUUAUGAGGCACCUUACUCUUAUUGAGAAUGUUUUUAAACAUUUUUGCCUUUUUGAGAGAAAGAGAAAGCAAAUGAAUGUACAUAUAAGUAUGAUAGUUACAAUUGCAAAUGUAUGUUAUUUCAGAAGAGUGGUGUAUCCAGCAGGUGGGGCAGGGGAGCUCUGACAGAAAUAUUUGCAGAUUUUCUUUUACAAAGAAUUAGUGAGUUAUCAAAUAUUAGCACCAAAUCCUUAAGAAAACAACACCAGCAAAUAAAAGCAAGGAUGUCGGUACUAUGAGUAAGGCUUUUGAUUUUUUUCUUCACAUGUUGAAUGCCCCCGACACCAAGAGCUGGAUAAGCCGCUGUUUCAGAAUGAAAUGAAGUUUUUUCCUGUAUCUGAAUGGAAGAGGGGUAAGGUUAAUCCUCUGGCAUAGACUUCAUUCAGCUGAGCUAAUGUAUAGGUAAAAUGUCAACAGGGUUCUGUGCAUUUCUUGUGUUUAUUUCUGAUUUUAUCAGGUAGAUGCUUUCGUUUAAGUGACUAGAUGUUAAACUUAAAACCAACAGAGUAUCAGUGCAUCUGGAUCACUCUUGCUUACAAAGAAGGGUAUAAAUGCAUUUCAGAUACAGCAGUGUUGCACCUAGAAAAUAUUGUAGAAUGAGAGUGGUUCAUUAUUAAUCAGAUAUAAAGAUUACUAGCAUCAUGGCAUUUUUCAUGCAUGUAACAGUUUGUAAUUUUUGUGAAGAUGUGCCUUUUAAAUUAGAUUAUCACUGUGCUUUUGCUAAUUACUUUCAGCUUCCUGAUUGAAAGCAUGAUAUUUUGGGUCACUUUGAAAAGUCUGAGGAAAUGACAAAAAUCAAAAUGAUUUAUUUCAGCCUGAUUUUGGAAUGAUUCGUCAAAGAUUAUGAAUUUAUAUACUCAUGAGAAAUGUGUAAUGGAUUAGUGACUCCCAUUCAAGAACUAAUUUGGCAACAGGCCCGUUUUAGGCUUGUUGUUUUCCAACCUGUGUCGCAGUAUUUAACAUAUUUUACUUAUAUACUUAUUUCAUUACAUAAGCUUAUCAAAGUAUUAACGGAUUGGUUUGCAUGACAUAUUUAGUUGUAAAACAGUAGUCUUUUCAGCUCCAACCACAACGACAACAUUUAAGUACUCUUUUAUUUCAUUUUUCACGAACUCUACAUGGAAAUUGUAAACAUGUUUUUAUUUCUACAGCAGAUUGAAACCAGCUGCCCAGAAUCAUUUUUCCACUUGAGUCACCUUUAUAGAAUUUUAACUUCCUGCGCAUAAUAUGCCUGGACAAACGAAUAUGAUGCCCAUAAUAGGAUUUCACAACUUCAGCGUACACGAAUAUUCUCAAAAUCGUGGGCUGUGAUACAGGACACAAAUGAAAUUAAAUUUAGCAAGAUAUAUUAACAACUCUGAAGUCAUUAACUAAAAGCAUGCCCAAGUAUAUAUUGAAGAGAUACAAUUUCAUAAAACACAAUUGGACAUGAAUGCAAUCCGAGGAACCACCCUUGCUACUCAGUGAUGACAUUACCUGCUUGUGUUUAAUAUACACUGUGAUUUAUUGCAUGAAGCAAGGUUUGUGUUACACUCUUUCAAACUUUAAUUUGUUAUUCAUAUUUUUCAUUUAUUUACUUUUUAAUUGGGUGUGGGAGGGGGGAGAGAGAGAGAGAGAGAGAGAGAGAGAGAGAGAGUGUCUGAAAGCAAGAAGUCUUUAGCUCUCCUUGAAGCUUAGCUUUCCCUGGGAGUCGCAAAGCAGUGCUGGUCAGCAAUAUUAUGAAACUUGCAGAAUUCAAAGCUAAAGCAGUGUUGUAUGUUUUGGGAAACAUGGAGAGGUACAGCAGAUAUGAAUGCUUGUGUCUCUCUCCAACUGUAGUUCGUUUUUAAAGGAACCAGGAAAUAGAAAUUAUUUUUUAUAAUCACUAAAAACUCUUGGAAGUGCAUCUUUAGGUUUCAAUCAACCUAAUUUAAAAUUUUUGUUUUGUAAUUUCAACCCAUAUUUUGAUGGUUUUAAUUUUUUUGCUAAUGAAUUGUUGCAUAUUCAUGAGUAGAACUAUGAUGUCCUCCAAGGCACUGAUUUGUGCACAGAAAAUUUCUAGAUUUUUUUAACCACUGCUGUGGCAUAUUUCAUUUUCUUUGGCAAUUUAU